AUGCUUCGCUCCAAGUCAUCUGAUCAAAAGUCUUCCUAUAAAAGGGAUAAUGCGAAUGGAGAAGCUAAUAUGCAGUUUGUAUUAUUUAAAGUUUAUAAUUUGACCAGGUCUUUUGAAGAGUUGCGUAAGGAAAUUAUUGCCUCGGUUGGGGGUGGUGAAUCUACAACUGUUACUUAUAUAGACGAUUCUAAAGAUGAAUCGGAUGAAGCUUAUGUUUCAUUGAAUGAAAAUGUCAAGGAUUUAACACAAAAUGGAUUCGCAGAUUGGGUACCGCUUGAUAGUAAAUCUUAUAUUAAUAUUGAACGUAAUUCACGAUGUGAAAGACGUGGAAAUAUUCUUACUACGACAAAAUUAAGAUCUUUUGAUGAUGAUAUUGAUCCAAGGUUAUUAGAAAUGAUUAUUGAUGAAAUCUAUGAAAAUAAAAUUGAUUUAGCCUUGGAAAAAUUAUUUCCCGGUCCAAGUAUAAAAAUUUAUCACGAAAUCAAUGAUCUUAUUAUGAUAGCUGUCGUGUUUGAAAUUCAAUAUCAUUUUGAUGAAGAAAUUGGAAAAUUAUUUGUUGAAGUUUUAAAUUCUUUAAUUGAAGAUCGUAAAAUUGAGGCUAGAUCUAACGUAAGUUAUAUUAAAAAUUUGAUUUAUCUUAAUGAAUUAUAUGGAGAAUUUAAAUCUCCUAGUUGGUCUCCAUUUGUUAAUAUUCGAAAAGUCAAAGAUAUUAGAGAUGAAGUGCCCACCAUGAGACAUACUUCUGAAGAGGAACAUCUUAUAACUAUGGAAAAGAUCACAAAUAUUGAGGAUUCUUUAAGUAAACUUCAUCCGAUAGUUAAACAAUUACAAGAAGAGGUUGAAAUUGCACAAUACAGAAUAAAUUAUAAUAUCAGACAAUGGAAGAAACCCAAGCGAACUUCAAACGUCUUGUUUUAUGGUUCCAUAGCCGCGAUGUUAUCAAUUCCUACGUUGUACCUCUCCAAUAAAAGUGCGGCUCGUGCAGUUUCUUCUAAUCGUCUCAAGGUUUCAUUCGGAUGUUUAUUAACUAUUUUAUUAGGUAUAUGGACAAAAAAGUCACAUAAUAAUUUUCAUAAAUCAAUCAAUGUUUCAAAACAACUUGACCCUUUACUAGUUUCAACGAAACAAAAUGUUGAUUUAUUGGAUAGAUGUUUAGAUGAAAUUGCUGUAGAUGACACAUCCAAAAUUAAAGUAAAUGAUUAUGAGUUUAAAGGAAGAAAAGGCAAAGGGGCUGUUAACAAUGACCAAUUUACCCUCACGAAUUCAUCAGUUUCUCGACAACGAAAGGUUAACAAAUUAAAACUUCCAGCGGACGUACUCAUUGAAAUAUUUUCACACCUAGAAGAUGAUUACAAGACAUUACAAUCUUGCGCUUUGGUUAAUAGAAUCUGGUGUGAAAAUUCAGUUCCUUCAUUAUGGUCUCAACCUUUUCAAGAUUUAACACCAUCGACCAUAAUAGAUGUUUACUUAACUUGUCUCACGGAACUUGAAAAGGCUUAUCUCGUCAAUAAUGACAUUAUUGGAAUCUCUAAUCGCAGACGAGUUCCGGUAUUUGACUAUAUCUCCUUUUUACGUCAUCUUAGCAUGGGAAACCUUUAUAGCAUAGUUCAAAGAUGGACAGAUCGUACCCAAACAAAAUAUUCUGCCUCCCCGAAACGCCGUCGGUCGAGCAUUCGAUCCCUCUCCCUUGAUUGGGGUAAUAAAGAAAUCUGGAAAGCAUAUCCUUUGUUGCUUUAUUCCGCCGGAAUUGAUACGUACCUUGCUCAAUUGAGAAGGCUGUCCAUUCAUUAUAUAACAGAUUGGUCAAUCUUUGGGUAUUUAUCGAAAUAUGCCAAGAAUAUUGAAACUUUAGAGGUUGUAGAUUACUCCUUUAAUCAAGCUCCGCAUCCCGAAGAUGAGCAGAAUUUAGCAUCGUUAAUUAGCAUACAAAAUAAUCUGAGACGGUUGGCGGCUUGUAUAAAUUUAGAAGAGUUGGUAAUCAAGAAUUGCUCAUUCGCGACGGAUGAGAUCCUUGCACCUUUGAUGUGUGCAACGUUUCCAUCACUUUGUAAAAUACAUAUCGUAGAAUCUACUUAUAGUUGGGAUAAUGUGGUGGUUUCCUUAAUACAAAAUAAUCCAACACAUCUGGAAGAGGUGUAUUAUAAACCCGUUGAUAAUCAACAACAUCAUACCAUAUCACCUACAAUUAUUGAAGCGGUGGCUCAAAAUUGUCCAAAGAUCAUCAGAUUAGGAGUUCCGAUUGCCAAAGUACAAAUAAAUCAUUUGGUUGACAUCCUAACAUCAUCCGAAUGUAAAUUAAAGAGUCUGAGCAUAUUUCGAAUGGAUCGUAUCUCGUGGGAUGAUGAGGCUCUUUGGAGGGAUUUGGGUGGUCUAAUGCCCGUCACCCUACGUCACCUGAAUAUUUGGAUAUACAUAGGUGAUAAUCCGAUGCAAUUAUUUUUACAAAAUACUACCGCCCCUCUUGAGACAUUAUACGUCCGUUGGUGGACUCAUUAUUUGGGUUACGAUUAUCGUCUGGUUGGUGCCUACUUACAAGAUAAACCUGUAAAAAUUUCGGAAUUCGUACGUCAUGUAAUCUAG